AUGGCGGUUGUAAGCAGCCAGUUCUGCAAGUCUGCGGGGGUUGCGCUCGUCUACAAACGAGGCUGGAGAAAUGAGGAGGUACUCGAUCUCACCGGUAGGCCUCUCUUCAAGGUCAAGCACCCCUCCUUUCUCUGGAACCGCGACCACUAUAUCGUAGACCUCACUACGAAUGCUCCACUUGUUCGUUUGCGGCCACAGAUGUUUUUACCAGUGAGAGGUACUUGGUAUGGAUAUGAUGCCCAACGGGACCGCAUGCUGUUUAUGCUGAGGAGCUCUUCGAUCUUUCAGAUAAGCAUGUCGAUUGAUGUGUUUGUGGGGUCGGACAAGGAGCCGGGCAAGAACAGGCAGCCGGAUUACCAAAUCAAGGGACACUGCUUCAGCCGGGGCAUCGAUAUCGUUCGAGGCCACAACCAAGAGCUCGUAGCACAGGCCAAAGGUGGUUCGUUAUGGGGCUGCACUGAGUACACCAUAAGCGUGGCGCCUGGAGUCGAUAUUGCGUUCGUUGUCUCACUGAUCGCAAUCGUUCAUGACAAAAGGAGCAGCUCGAAUGCUUCCUCGACGACAGUGUAACCCAAGGUUUCAGAACAGUCGUGUGUGUACAUAGAUAGAGGCCACCAUUUGGGCGGCUCAAUUGACUGUUGAAUUUGAUAGUGCUUCUGGCCACGAAUUGAACCGCGGUCUCGGGGGGAGUUUCAAAUU